AUGCGAAAGAGGAUUAUUGGCUUCCUUCAUUGCUCUCAUUGCUCUCAUGAAGGAGGACGAGUCGAGUGCACAGACUACCAUCUCUAUCUUGCUGGUGGUCUGGCAAUCAAGAAGUACGGCCAGCCCUGCAAAAGAGCAUCAGGCUCGACGAGUGCUUGGACUGCCCUCGUCCGUCGGACUUGGCUGUCCGCUGGGUGGCGUUCAUUUCGCGCCAGCAUUAUGACUCCCUCGAACUUAACACAAGUUCACCCCGCGAGCACCCUCCCGCCAGCAGCUUGCUUGCAUGAGCUGAGGAGAUCGGCAAGUCUGCAGUUUCGCCUCAGCGUAUACUGGCUGGAGCAUCCACCGGGGAUCGCUUCCGAUCAUCGGCACAGGCUCAUCUGUCGUGCGCGAGUGCCCUUGGCAGUCCAGCUCACUGCCCGUCUCUCCUUCAAAAGCCAGCCAGCUCGGGCGGGGCCAAGCCGAGGCACCCAGCGUCCUGUCCAUGAACACCCGGCUCUCUAUCUCCAUACCCGCAAGCACCCAUCCUCCCUCCGAUAUCCUCCCCUCUACCACCUCACCCACAGCAGCACGGCAAGACUCGAGCAGAAGGACAACGGGCGACGACAAGCGACUCAGCCGGCGCAGAUGGCUGAAACCUACCAGACCUCGCGACUCACCGGCAAACAGCUCCCCCACUUCUACAUCCACUCAGACACCCGCCACUUCAAGGACACCUCAGGAAGGACCCUGAUUCUCCGAGGCGUCAACCUCUCCGGCUCGGCCAAAAUACCCCGAGACCAUCCCCAGCACCACAACCCCUCUGCCAGUAAGAACUCCGCCGGGAUCAGCUACAUCGGCCAGAACUUGAACCUCCAGGACGGCUCCGCGGAUGUCCACCUCACUCGGCUGCGCCAAUGGGGCUUCAACUGCUUGCGCUUUGUCACCGUCUGGGAAGCUCUUGAGCACCAAGGCCCUGGUCAAUAUGACGACGAUUACAUGGAAUACGUCGUUGCCAUGCUGCGGAAAUGUAAGGAAUACGGCUUCCGUGUCUACAUGGAUCCUCAUCAAGACCUGUUUUCGCGAUUCUGUGGAGGGUCGGGUGCGCCUCUAUGGACGCUGUACGCCUGCGGGCUGAAUCCACGGAACUUCACGGUGACGGGGGCGGCGUAUCUCCAGUCAGAAUGGCCGCACCCGGACAGCCCGGACCCGUCGACGUUUCCGGCGAUGAUCUGGGCGACGAACUACAACCGGCUAGCGUGUCAGACGGUCAACACGAUGUUCUGGGCGGGGCGGGACUACGCGCCGAAGUGUGUGAUCGACGGGGUGAACAUCCAGGACUAUCUGCAGUACCAUUUCCUGGAGGCGUAUCGGCGCUUGGCGAUGAAGCUGGCGAGCGCGGGCGACCUGCUCGACGAGACGGUGAUCGGCUGGGACAGUCUCAACGAGCCCAACCACGGCUAUCUAGGACUCCACAACCUCACGGCCAUCCCGGACGAGGUGCCCCUGCGGAUCGGGCCCACCCCGACCGGCUUCCAGGGGCUCAAGAUGGGCAUGGGCGGCGCAUGCAAGCUGGAGAACUACAAGUUCGGGCCCCUUGGGCCCCAGCGCGACGGCAGUGUGGUCGUGGACCCCAAGGGGAAGAGGGCCUGGCUCCAUCCGAGCGCCGAGCCUAACGGCCUGUCCGGCUACGGCUGGCGCAGAGAUCCCGGCUGGCGAUUGGGCACCUGCAUCUGGGCCCAACACGGCAUCUGGGACCCCGACACCGACACCGUCCUCAAGCCGCACUACUUCAAUCAGUCCCGCCAGGACCCCACCAAGCCUGCCGACUUCGCUGGGCUCUACUGGCGCCCCCACCUUAACGCUUAUUGUCACAUGAUCCGCCAGAUCCAUCCCGAGGCUAUCCUCUUCGUCCACCCCCCCGUCUUCGAAAUCCCCCCCAACCUUAGCCCCUCCGUCUUGCCUAUCCUCCAACAUCGCUCCGUCUUCAGCAGUCAUUUCUAUGACGGCUUGACUUUGGUCACCAAACAUUGGAAUUGGUUCAAUGCAGAUGCCCUGGGAAUCCUUCGUGGUAAAUAUCCCUCGGUCGUUUUUGGCCUGAAGAUCGGUGAAACAGCUAUCAGGAAAUGCAUGCGAGCGCAAUUGGGAAUGCUCAAGCAAGAUGGACUCGAGAAGAUGGGAGAGUUUCCGACGAUGAUGGGUGAGAUCGGAAUUCCGUACGAUUUGGACAAGUCGAAAGCGUACAAAGACGGCGAUUACAGCAACCAAAUCAAGGCGAUGGAUGCCUCAUUGAACGCCUGCGAUGGCGAGAAUAUGUUGAACUACACGCUGUGGACGUACUGCCCCUCGAACACGCACCAAUGGGGCGAUCUCUGGAACGGGGAGGAUUUGAGUCUGUGGAGCGCGGACGACGCGAUGUAUCAAGGCUCGACGUACGCGGAGAAGUCGAGCCGACACGGGAAGGUUCUCGGGCGGCCGUUCCAGUACAACUACGGAGCGCAAUCGGCAGGGCCGACGCCGAAUGCCUCAGCAGUGACGUUGAACCAUCGGACGCCGGAAGUGUCGGAGACCGAUCUAGUGCGCAAAGGGAUGUACACGUCUGUAGGAGGAGGAGGGGGAGGCUCGGGCUCGGAGACGAGUCUGGAGCUAGGAAUGAUGAACUUGAACGACGGCGCGCGGGCCCUGCCGGCCUUUUGUCGCCCGUUCCCCGUGGCCACGGUCGGUGUGCCGAGCUACUUCAACUUCGACAUCCACACCGCCAGCUUCGAGAUGACGGUGGAGGUAGAUACGGAGAAGGAUGGCGGGACGGGGUGGGGCAACGAGGAGCUCCCGACGGAGAUCUAUGUCCCGGCGGUCCACUUCGGAUCCGCGUCUGCUGAUCCGGGCGGGCUCAAGCGUCGCGUGGCCUCGGAAAACGAUGCCCGCGAGCCGCAGAAUUGGCCCGUCGGCCGCUCCUCAGACGCGUCCCUUCCUCUCCCCGUCUCCAAUCGUCACCAACAUCAGCAUCAAGACCACACCCUCCUCAACCCCGACUCCGCUCAGGGCCUCGCCUUCGACCCGAAUCGGUUCAAGGACACCCUCCAAUUAGACGUCUCUGUCUCCGCAGGCAGAUGGGAAACUGACGGCCAGAUCCUCCGUUGGUAUUACCCUCGAAAACCCCUCAAUGGUAACCAAACCGCGACGUACACCCUCAAGGUUCGCCGGAAAUUCGGGCCCAUCCUAUGGACUGAUGGCCAUUCCAACCUCUGGAUGCGAAUGUGGCAAAGCAUUAUCAACUUCGUCGUCUUCUUUGCCAACCUCUCUUGGCCUUCCUCCUCUACUCCUUCAACCUCGGCAGACUCUUCUUUCUCUUCUUCUCCUUACAUGAGAAAUCCUAAGGAAAACAAUCAUCCUACCCAAUUCAAAAAACUCUAG